CGGUGCUCGGCGCCAAGGGCGCCCUGAAACCCGGAGCGGGCGAGGGCGGCGGCGGGGGAGGUCGCCUCGGCCACGGGCGGGCGCGCUGUGACAGCGGCGGGGGUUCCAACGGAGACUGCAGCCUCGGCGUGCCCGGGGACGAAGCCCGAGCUAGCGCGGCCGCCGGCGCCCUGCCCCGGGAGACCAAGCAGGGCGGCCUGCCCCGCCGGAGCAGCAUCAUCAAGGAUGGCACAAAACAGAAAAGAGAGCGGAAGAAAACAGUGUCAUUCAGCAGCAUGCCGACAGAGAAGAAGAUUAGCAGUGCAAGUGACUGCAUCAACUCCAUGGUCGAAGGGUCAGAACUCAAAAAGGUUCGCUCCAACUCCAGAAUUUACCAUCGAUAUUUUUUGCUGGAUGCUGACAUGCAAAGCCUGAGGUGGGAGCCAUCUAAGAAGGAUUCUGAGAAAGCCAAGAUAGAUAUCAAGUCUAUCAAGGAAGUGAGAACAGGGAAAAACACAGAUAUAUUCCGCAGCAAUGGAAUUUCUGACCAGAUAUCUGAAGAUUGUGCAUUUUCAGUCAUAUAUGGAGAGAACUAUGAGUCACUUGAUUUGGUUGCCAACACUGCAGAUGUUGCAAACAUCUGGGUGACGGGACUACGAUACCUGAUUUCUUAUGGAAAACAUACCCUGGAUAUGUUAGAAAGUAGCCAAGAUAACAUGAGGACUUCUUGGGUUUCACAAAUGUUUAGUGAAAUUGAUGUAGAUGAUCUUGGACAUAUAACUCUGUGUAAUGCUGUGCAAUGUAUCAGAAACCUCAAUCCUGGUUUAAAAACAAGCAAAAUUGAGCUUAAGUUCAAAGAAUUGCAUAAAUCAAAGGACAAAGCUGGUACUGAAGUCACAAAGGAAGAAUUUAUUGAAGUUUUCCAUGAGCUUUGUACUAGACCUGAGAUUUACUUCCUUUUAGUUCAGUUUUCAAGCAAUAAGGAGUUCCUUGAUACCAAGGACCUUAUGAUGUUUCUUGAGGCAGAACAGGGUGUGGCACAUAUAAAUGAGGAAAUAAGCCUUGAAAUUAUUCACAAAUAUGAGCCAUCCAGAGAGGGCCAGGAAAAGGGCUGGCUCUCCAUAGACGGGUUUACUAAUUACCUGAUGUCAUCUGACUGUUAUAUAUUUGAUCCAGAACAUAAGAAGGUCUGUCAGGACAUGAAGCAACCUCUCUCUCAUUACUUUAUAAAUUCAUCUCAUAAUACAUACUUAAUAGAGGAUCAGUUCCGGGGUCCCUCUGAUAUUACAGGAUAUAUCCGAGCUCUUAAAAUGGGUUGCCGGAGUGUUGAAUUAGAUGUAUGGGAUGGGCCAGAUAAUGAACCUGUGAUUUACACAGGUCACACCAUGACCUCUCAGAUAGUCUUUCGCAGUGUCAUUGAUAUUAUCAACAAAUAUGCAUUCUUUGCUUCUGAGUAUCCUCUCAUCCUAUGUUUAGAAAAUCACUGUUCUAUUAAACAACAGAAGGUAAUGGUUCAACACAUGAAGAAAAUUUUAGAAGACAAGCUGUAUACAACAUCACCCAAUGUGGAGGAAUCUUAUCUACCAUCCCCAGAUAUCCUGAAAGGGAAAAUACUAAUCAAAGCAAAGAAGCUAUCUUCAAAUUGCUCUGGAGUGGAAGGAGAUGUUACUGAUGAAGAUGAAGGAGCAGAAAUGUCUCAGAGGAUGGGGAAAGAGAACGUGGAGCAACCCAACCAUGUGCCUGUGAAGCGAUUUCAGCUUUGCAAAGAACUGUCUGAACUGGUCAGCAUUUGUAAGUCAGUCCAGUUCAAAGAAUUUCAGGUGUCAUUUCAGGUGCAGAAGUACUGGGAAGUGUGUUCAUUUAAUGAAGUGCUUGCUAGCAAAUAUGCCAACGAAAACCCUGGAGACUUCGUAAAUUACAACAAGCGCUUUCUUGCCAGGGUCUUUCCCAGUCCAAUGAGAAUUGACUCUAGUAACAUGAACCCUCAAGAUUUUUGGAAAUGUGGGUGUCAAAUCGUAGCCAUGAACUUUCAGACUCCAGGACUGAUGAUGGACCUGAACAUUGGCUGGUUUAGGCAGAACGGAAACUGUGGCUAUGUCCUUCGGCCAGCCAUCAUGAGGGAGGAAGUCUCCUUCUUCAGUGCAAACACGAAGGACUCUGUCCCUGGAGUUUCACCCCAGCUGCUUCACAUCAAAAUUAUCAGUGGCCAGAACUUUCCGAAGCCCAAAGGGUCAGGUGCCAAAGGUGAUGUGGUGGAUCCUUAUGUCUAUGUGGAAAUCCAUGGAAUUCCUGCAGACUGUGCAGAACAAAGGACAAAAACUGUGCAUCAGAAUGGUGAUGCUCCCAUUUUUGAUGAAAGCUUUGAAUUUCAAAUCAACCUCCCUGAACUGGCCAUGGUGCGCUUCGUAGUACUGGAUGAUGACUACAUUGGGGAUGAAUUCAUUGGCCAGUACACAAUUCCCUUUGAAUGUUUACAAACUGGAUACCGCCACGUUCCCCUGCAGUCCUUGACUGGAGAGGUCCUCACACAUGCUUCUUUAUUCGUCCAUGUGGCUAUUACUAACCGAAGAGGAGGAGGAAAGCCUCAUAAAAGGGGCCUUUCUGUGAGAAAAGGGAAAAAAUCCAGAGAAUAUGCAUCUCUGAGAACACUGUGGAUUAAAACUGUAGACGAGGUGUUCAAGAAUGCCCAGCCCCCCAUACGGGAUGCCACGGACCUGAGAGAGAACAUGCAGAAUGCAGUGGUGUCAUUCAAGGAAUUGUGUGGCCUCUCCUCCGUGGCCAACCUCAUGCAGUGCAUGCUGGCAGUGUCUCCCCGCUUCCUGGGGCCUGACAACACCCCCCUGGUGGUUCUGAAUCUCAGCGAGCCCUACCCCACCAUGGAGCUGCAGGCAAUCGUGCCUGAGGUUCUGAAGAAGAUAGUAACGACUUAUGACAUGAUGAUCCAGUCCCUCAAGGCAUUGAUUGAAAAUGCAGAUGCUGUAUAUGAAAAGAUCGUGCAUUGUCAGAAAGCAGCCAUGGAAUUUCAUGAACAUUUGCACAGCAUAGGCACCAAGGAGGGUCUGAAGGAACGAAAACUACAGAAAGCAGUGGAGAGCUUUACCUGGAACAUUACCAUCUUAAAGGGACAAGCAGAUCUUUUGAAAUACGCUAAGAAUGAGACUUUGGAGAACCUGAAGCAAAUCCAUUAUGCUGCUGUUUCAUGUGGACUGAAUAAGCCCGGCACUGAGAACACCGAAGCCCAGAAACCCCGCCGGAGCCUGGAAGCCAUCCCCGAGAAAGCCAACGAUGACGAUGACAAUGACGACGAACCUGGAGACUAAGGGACCUUCCUAUCACUGUGGAGUCACAACUCUAGGACCAAUUGUAGAUGAAACAUGCUCUGCACUUAUGAAUGAAAAUAAUACUUGGGAUUUUAAAGCACAACUGGAAUACCUAACUGCAACCCAUUAAAACUGUGAAUGUAUGUAGCAAUUCUGCGUGUGAAGGCAAAUAAACUCUUUAACAAGAAAUUAUAUCCCUGGCCCAAACAUGCUAUAUUUGUAAACAAACAUCCUGCGGGUUCUAGUGUGAAGAACAAUUUGUUCACUCUAGUUCCAGUGAGUAACAGACAUUUCCUAAGUGAAAACAGUUUCUUCAGUCGGAAAUGGAUUGGAUUGUUAGUAUUUAUUGGUAAAAACCCUAAUCUGUGCAUCUUGCUCAUGUGUGGUUGCCAGUCUCUGGGCUGUCAAGGAUUUUGGUGGCAUGCUUGCUGAGCCAUAGUCACUAAACAGACUGUAAGCAGACAGGCUUCCUGGAUCCCAGGGGCCAAGGCUGCCGUGCUGAAGACACGCUGUAGGCACGGGUGGCGUGGAUGGAAGUGACACCUUGUAAAUAGUUUUUCAUUAUAUGCAGUAGUGUUCACAUUAAAGAGAAAUUUUACAAUA